AUGUCCAGACCUGUUUAUACCUUGGCAGAAGGCCAACCCAUCCCUGACCCCUCCGUGAGCACUACGCUGCCCACAAUUGGCGGUGGAGGCAUCACAACCCUAGGGGACACUCUUCUCCUCGAGACUCUGGCUCACUUCAACCGUGAGCGAAUCCCAGAAAGGGUCGUCCACGCGAAAGCAGCCGGCGCAUGGGGAGAAUUCGAAGUGACAAACGACGUAUCCUCCCUAACCUCCGCUAAGUUCCUCAACGGUAUUGGAAAGAAAACCCCCGUUUUGUUUCGACUCAGCACGACGGGUGGUGAAAAGGGUAGUGCGGAUACUGUGCGAGAUGUGCGUGGAUUUUCAGUCAAGUUCUUCACCGAAGAAGGGAACCAUGAUAUUGUGGGAAACCAUAUCCCUGUCUUCUUCGUCCGAGACCCCAUCCGCUUCCCCUCCCUGAACAGAAGCCAUAAACGGCACCCUGCCACAAAUCGUCCAGAUUGGACCAUGUUCUGGGACUUCCACACCAACCAACCCGAAAGCGUCCACGCAUUGCUCCAUCUCUUCGGCUCUCGAGGCAUUCCAGGCUCCAUUCGAUCUGUCACUGGCUUCGGCGUACACACCUUCAAGCUCGUAUCCCCCGAUGGCACCUUCCGGUACUGCAAGUUCCAUUUCCGGCCUGAGCUCGACGGAAAAUAUUUCUCCGGACAAGAAGCCGCCCGGAUGGCCGGAGUGGAUGCCGACUUCCAUAACUUGGAUCUGUGGGAUGCUAUUGCACGGGGGCAGUAUCCUGUUUGGAAGCUGUAUGUGCAGGUUAUGGAGCCUGAGAGGGCGGAAGAAUUCGGACGGGGACUGUUUGAUAUUACAAAGGUUUGGUCGCAUAAGGAGUUCCCACUCAUUGAAGUGGGCAAGAUGACCUUGAAUAAGAAUAAACAGCCCGGAAAUUACUUCGCUGAAAUCGAACAGGCGGCGUUUUCGCCAUCGAAUAUGGUGCCUGGGAUUGCUAGCACGCCCGAUCCUAUGUUACAAGCCCGCAUGUUUGCCUACCCCGACGCUCAGCGCUACCGCCUUGGGGUCAAUUACACUCAGCUCCCGCCCAAUCGCGCUGUUUGUCCUGUCUACGCGCCGUUUGAGAGGGAUGGCUUCGCAACAGUGACGAAGAAUUAUGGUGGUGAUCCGAACUAUGUGCGCAGCUCGCUUUCUUCUGGAGUUGUGAGUCGAAAUACCGUCCAGGUACGGCACGAUGAGCGGAUUCUGUCGUUCGCGUUGGGCCAGAAUGAGAUUCCAGUGGAUGAAGAAGACUUCGUUCAGCCACGGGACCUCUGGAAUAGGGUCUUUGACGAGACAGAAAGGCGAAAGUGGGUUGCAAAUCUUGCUGAGACGCUGGCUGAGGUUCCUGAGCCACUGAAGGAGGCUGUGGUAAAUAUGUUUGGGAGAGUCGAUGGUCGCUUGAGAGAGAUGUUAGGGGCAAAGGUCAGGGAUAUUUCGCGACUGUAG